UUACUAAAAACUGGUAAAAUGUCCUGGCCGAGUAUAGGUGGGUGAAGAAACUGAUGAGAAGAGGCGGACAUUCCCAAGAACCCCAAAAAACACACACACACUUUAACGUGUCUCCAAACUAACCAAAUUAAUCACUAAAACAUUUCUCCAUUUUGCCCCCCAAAAACACUGAUCACUCUCUCUAUAACUUCCAUUCCUCCUAAUCACAUUCUCCGCUCUCUCUACAACAAUGGAGUCCUCACUCGCUCUUCAAUCCUUCCGCUGUAAAAUGUACGGUCAGCCGUUGACGGUGGCGCGGAAGGUGACGUCGUUUUAUCCGAGACGGAAUGUGAUGCUAGUUUCUUCUGUAAAAUCGCCUGAAGCUUCUGCUUCUGCUAAAUCUGACGUUAAAGCUGUUGGACUUGCUACUCAAGGCUCUUCAGAAACGAAGAAAUCUGGAGUUGCAACUUUUCCUAGUGGGUUUGAAGCAUUGAUCCAAGAGGUAUGCGAUGAGACAGAGAUUGCUGAAUUGAAAGUGAAGAUCGGAGAUUUUGAAAUGCAUUUGAGACGCAGUGUUGGGGCAACACAGGCUCCUUUGUCCAACAUUUCACCCAUAGAACCACCACCAAUUCCAUCUAAACCAAUGGAUUUACCAGCUCCUGCUCUUCCACCACCGCCACCACCGAAACCUUCUUCUGAAAAGGCCUGUCCAUUUACUAAUAACUCCUUUGGGAGGUCACCUAAGUUAGCUGCCUUGGAGGCUUCUGGAGCCACCGGAUAUGUUCUGGUAGCUUCCCCAACAGUUGGCUCUUUCCGAAGGAACAGAUCAGUGAAAGGAAAAAGACAACCUCCUAGCUUUAAAGAGGGUGAUCUAAUUAAGGAAGGCCAGGUGAUUGGAUACAUAGAUCAAUUUGGUACUGAACUUCCUGUUAAGUCAGACGUGGCCGGAGAAGUCGUAAAACUCUUAUUUGAUGAUGGAGAUGCUGUUGGCUAUGGAGACCCUCUUAUUGCAGUCUUUCCAUCAUUCCAUGGUAUCAAGUGAGAUUUCCGUUAUUUGUACGGUAAUGAUGACACAUUCUCUUAAAGCUAAGAAGUAAUGUAGAUUGUUUCCCCAAGUUGCCACUAGAAGACCACAGGUUUUGUUAUCUGUACCCGGCUUUGUUUGUCAGUCUUAUAGACUAUAGAUGGAGGAAUAAUCGAUCAAAACACUGUAGUUUGAGAAAUUUGCAAAUUUGUGUCAGAUAGUAAUUUUUACCUUAGUUAAAGCUUAGAUAUUCUUUCACUUGUGAAAGAAAAUUGUAUUACUUAAAAAUACCAUGAGGAUGUUCCAUGAAAGUACAUUCGGAGCAUUUUUGACAAUAAAUUCUAUGCGAUUGUUUUUCGUUA